GUCCGGCCAGUCGGCUUUGGAGCUCGCUCGCGAACGCGGGCGAGAAUCGGCGCUCAGAGGGCUAGAGAAACUGGUUGCGGCGGCGGCGGCGGGAGCCGUGGCAACAUCAGUUUCGGCAGGCCAAACUCCCAACGCAGCACCAGCCGCGACAAGCUCGGCGCCGGGCACACAUUCGGGCAGCAGUGUCGACUUCCGAAUUUUGCCUGCUCAUGCGUGGCAGCGGUUGUACCAAGAUUUCGCGCCAAUCACCCUUGCGCCGACCAAGCACCCCGUAGCAAAAAGUGCUGUGGGGUCUGCCCCAGACUUCGCCGCUUGCGACUUCCGCAGUUUGUCGGCACCUGCUUGGCAGCGGCUGUACCAAGAUUUCGCGCCAAUCACCCUUGCGCCAACCAAGCUCCCCGUAGCAAAAAGUGCUGUGGGGUCUGCCCCGGACUUCGCCGCCUGCGACUUCCGCAGUUUGUCGGCGCCUGCUUGGCAGCGGCUGUACCAAGAUUUUGCGCCAAUCACCCUUGCUCCAACCAAGCUCCCCGUAGCAAAAAGUGUUGUGGGGUCUGCCCCAGACUUCGCCGCCUGCGACUUCCGCAGUUUGUCGGCUCCUGCUUGGCAGCGGCUGUACCAAGAUUUUGCGCCAAUCACCCUUGCUCCAACCAAGCUCCCCGUAGCAAAAAGUGCUGUGGGGUGUGCCCCAGACUUCGCCGCUUGCGACUUCCGCAGUUUGUCGGCGCCUGCUUGGCAGCGGCUGCACCAAGAUUUCGCGCCAAACUCCAGCACAGAAGUUUCGGUGGUGGCGGCGGCGCAGCCUAGUCGGCUACCACCAAGCUCCCCGGAAGAGUCCGAAGAGUCCGAGGAGGAGACUGAGGACGACAUCGAUGCCCAUGCCUCUCCAGAGCUAGGCCUCCGACGGACCUCGCGAGCGGAAGACCCCUGGAGGCCGGUGCUCCGGUGGCUUUGCUCCGUCAUCGAUGCAAGGCUCAAGGUGCCCUUGCCACCCGCACACGCACGGCAAGUUCGCGGCCUGCUGCCUCUAGGUGGCCUGGACGCAGAGAAACUUUGCGUGCAAGACCUGAGCGAUGGACGGCUGCUUUGUGCUCUUGUGAUCUCUGUGCGACCCGACGUGUUGCCGAAGGCCAAUGCCGUGGCCCUCGGACGUCUCGCCCAAUUCCUGAAGGCCUGCGCAGCCUUGGGGGUAAAGCAGGUUUCCCUCUUCACCCCACCAGACCUGCUGCCGGAGCCAAGCAAUCCGCCCGCUGUGCUCCGCUGCUUGCAGGACAGGGGGACAGGGGAGCCGGACUUGCGUUCGUGA